GGUUUUUUUAUUAAGGGUGUUUGGGUUGAGCAAUUCUUAUUACACAAUAAAUUGGUCGCGCGACGGCUUACGCCGCUUAUCGCUGCCCCAACAUUCGCCAGUUUUCGACCGUCCAUCCUUAUAGUAACCCGCUUUGUUCUUCUUUGGAUACCCUCCCACCUACUAUUGUCCUGGACGCUGGUAAUACAAUUAUAACCCACGACAUUUUUAAAGGAGGAUGGCGACCGAUUUUAUCAUGCCCCGGUUACAUGAACAACCACAGGCGCAUUUCCUCCCAUACCAUGGGCAAUCUACCGUGUCAUCGCAAUCCCCGACUUACCCGUCGCAAUGUUACCCAUCUCAGGGUUACCAAUCUCAACAGAUCUCGCCUCUAAGCACAUCUAACAAUGCUUCGCCAACGUCUCCGAAACCUUAUCAUCGCCAGCGAUUACGACCUCUGUACAUGCCCGCUGUUUUAAGACCGACAGAGCAUCCGUCAAAGAAGAUAAUAGGGAGAAAGACGGAAGCACAAGAUGAUGACAGUCAGGUAUCGCCUAAUAACAGCUUUAUCAACUUGAGCGGGUUGAGCGCGCUUAGCCGUUUGAGCCGUCGCACCACCGGCGACAGUGGGAAGUGGGUAGAUGGCGAUUGGGACUUGGAUAUGUUCCCCAAACCAACGGCGCAACCCACGCGACAACACUGGAAGCCCGACCCAGAGUCUACAAUGUGCGACGAACCAUCCUGUUUGCGCCACUUCAACUACUGGACGCGCCGACACCACUGCCGAAAAUGUGGCAAUAUCUUCUGUGAUUCGCAUUCCGCUUUCGACGUCCCUCUCGAUCAAGACGCGAACUACAACCCGCGAGGCACGCCUAGCCGAGCAUGCUCCCAUUGUUUUUCGGAGUUCAGAGCUUGGCGUAGUCGGACAAAUAGUCAAGCUUCCAGCGAAACCUCUUCCACCCACGUAGGUUCGCAAACGGUACCUACAAGCCCGGCUGUCUCAACGCCCAUCAACGGCCAAAAUGGCCAACAUCAGGACGUCGCCAUGAGUGUUCCCCGAGAUUGGAAUUGGAGCACGUUUUAAAGAAGGAUGGAACUAUAUUAAUUCGCCGAAUAAUGCUUUCAGACACGUCUGGGCAUUCUUUGAGCACUCUCCAGAAUCGAAUUCUGGCGACGUAACUAUGAUGAUACACGACACAACACACCUAAUAACGACGGUAAAAUUUCCGACGAUACCAGAACAUACAACAUUCACAUAUAUAGAUUAGACGUUUCUGG